AAGGACGGGGACCAAACUACAAUUGUCCAUUCAUUCAUUUCUUGGAGAGAAAUUCAUUCUUCUUUUCUAUCGUUCGUUUUAUUUAUACGACAGACAGCUCUCUUCUCCAUCUCCGAGUUAAAACCCUAGCUAAAUCUCCCUUUCUCUACCAACUACCAUGGGUAGCCAGCAAGCUGUUUCAUUCCUCACAAACAUUGCCCGCGCCGCCUUCAGUCUUGGAGUAGGCGCGACGGUUCUCAAUUCUUCGAUGUACACUGUCGACGGCGGCCAACGCGCCGUGCUUUUUGAUCGAUUUCGUGGAGUGAUCGACCAGACCGUCGGCGAGGGGACUCACUUUCUUGUACCCUGGCUUCAGAAGCCGUUCAUCUUUGAUAUACGCACCAGGCCCCACACGUUCUCAUCCGUCUCAGGAACCAAGGAUUUGCAAAUGGUGAACCUUACCCUGCGGGUUCUCUCUCGCCCUGAGGUCUCUCGCCUUUCUGAAAUUUUCAAAACUCUAGGUCUGGAGUACGACGAGAAGGUUCUCCCUUCCAUUGGAAACGAGGUUUUAAAAGCUGUCGUCGCGCAGUUCAAUGCGGACCAGCUGCUCACUGAACGUCCCCAGGUUUCUGCUUUGGUCAGAGAGAGCUUAAUCCGAAGGGCCAAAGACUUCAACAUUGAAUUGGAUGAUGUUGCCAUAACCCACUUGUCAUAUGGCCCGGAGUUCUCAAAGGCCGUAGAGCAGAAGCAGGUGGCACAACAGGAAGCUGAGCGGUCUAAAUUCAUUGUGAUGAAGGCUGAGCAGGAGCGCAGGGCUGCCAUUGUUCGUGCUGAGGGUGAGAGUGAGUCUGCUAAGUUGAUUUCGGAUGCUACUGCUGCAGCUGGUUCAGGGUUAAUAGAGCUUAGAAGGAUUGAGGCCUCUAAGGAGAUUGCAUCAACCCUGGCUAAGAGUCCUAAUAUUCAGUACUUACCUAAAAACAAUAAUUUGCUUCUUGGGCUCAGCCGUUGAGCAGUGAACUUACAAAGGGAGGGAGGGGUGCACUGUUGCUUGCUAUCUCCAGCCAGACAAGAGUGCUUGUUUCUAUUGCAGCUAGUUUGAGUCAUCAGUAUGAGAGAGAACACUGGGUAGUACUUAGUCUGAACAUCUCCAUUGUCUUCCUACAUGUUCUUCAUUUUGUUGCAGUUGGAUUGAUGGUCAUUUUCUCUUAUUUGCAAAAACAAGAUCAGCUAGUUGUGAACAACUCUUACAAUCACUAUUAAAAAAGUGGUCGAUUCACCAACUAAGUUUUCUUACUUUGAGAGCUUGGAGCAUAUUUUACUGCUUUAA